AGUUAGUAUAGUUUAUGUGUUUAUACUCAAAAAAAGUAAGGGAAGUGCUUCAAAUGUAUAAUAAGAUUUCUUGAGUUUGGGCGAUGGAUUCAACAGCACCGGAUUUGGUCUCUCGAAUAUCACAUUCUUCGAUCUGUUUAGUUGAGUGGUGUUUCUAGUACUUGGCUAUUUGGAUUGGAGGAAGUGUUUGUAUAUAAAUGGCGGAUUCAAGUCCUCUAGAUGUUAUAUUAGAGUUCCUGAGAAGGAACAAAUUCACCAAAGCAGAGGCUGCUUUGCGAAGUGAAUUAGGUAACAGACCUGAUGUAAAUGGAAUUCUUCAAAAGCUUAGGCUCGACGAGAAGGAGUCAGGUACUAGAUCAAGUGAAGCAGCAAACGGGGGCAUUGUAGUUGAGGAAGACCGAAAGAUAAAAGCUACUCGGCAUAGUGGGGAAAGUCUGAAGGAAUUAUCAACCUCAAGUAGUGCUGACGUGUCUAAGGAACUAAUUGUGAAAGAGGUAGAGUGUGGAACAGGAAGGAAUGGGUCUGAGACCAAGUGGAAGAGCUGUGGUACUAUUGGGGAGCAGAGCAAGGUUAACGAGGGUGUUGGAACGACUGAUAACAACUUCACCUUCUCCAAGGAUUCGGAUGAUACUGUGCUUGAUUUGUAUUCACGGAAAUACGGUAUGAGCAAUGGUCCAGUUACUCUGUAUCAGAAUGAUGGUGGCAGUGCUGAUGAAAACAAUUUUUCAGGAUUCCAUAUUCCUGGGAAGACGCGAUUGAAAUCAGCUGAGUCUCUUGAUAGGAUUAAUCAGAAGUCUUCCGAAGAUGCUAGUUUUUCUGGUGAAAAGAGAAUGUCUUGGCCUGGUAGUGUUAGUAAUGUUAGUGUUCGAUCAAAGCAUGAUAAGAACGAACAUAUGGAACUCGAUCAACAAAGAAAGGCAAGCAUGUAUUCUAAGGAUGAGCUUGACGAUAAUUCUCGGUCCAGAAAUGAUGUACCUGCCAAUCCAUCUUCAGAGCAUUGGAAAGAGCGUUCCGUCAAAACUGUUUUCCCGUUCUCUAGUGGAGACACUUCUACCAGUCACGAUACUGCUGUUGCUGUUGUUGAUAAGAAGGAUGGGAAGAGGAAAUCAGAACUCAAUGACAUUAGAGCAGCAAUAAAAGAGCAAGUUGAUGAGGUGGGAAAAGCUCUUUUCCUUGGGAAGACUCAGGUAGCUGAGCCAAAAGAUUUUGGUGCAUUAGAAUUUCAUCUUGCUUCCGAGAACCAAAAGGAAGAGUUGCCAAGACUACCACCUGUUAAACUUAAAUCAGAAGCCAAACCUUUCAAUAUUCAUUGGGAGGAGAAAUAUGAACGUGAUGGACUUGGUCCAAAGAUCUUGAAUGCUGACAGUGCUUAUCUCAUAGGGUCAUUUCUAGAUGUUCCUAUUGGUCAAGAAAUCAAUCCUUCAGGCAAAAGGAUGGCAGCUGGCAGUUGGCUUUCCGUUAGUCAGGGUAUUGCUGAGGAUACUUCUGAUCUGGUUUCUGGUUUUGCAACUAUAGGUGAUGGAUUGAGUGAAUCCAUUGACUACCCUAAUGAAUACUGGGACUCUGAUGAAUAUGAAGAUGAUGAUGAUGUUGGAUAUAUGAGACAACCGAUUGAAGAUGAGACCUGGUUUCUCGCACAUGAAAUUGAUUACCCAAGUGACAACGAGAAGGGGACAGGGCAUGGAAGUGUUCCAGACCCUCAAGAAAUGGGACAGAACAAAAACGAUGAAGAUGAUCAGUCAUUUGCGGAGGAGGAUUCGUACAUCUCUGGAGAGCGGUAUUUCCAAUCAAAGAAGGUUGAUUCUAUUGUGCCUUCAGAUGAUCCUGUAGGGUUGUCAGACACUGAAGUGUACAGGAAAAACAAUGAGAACGACUUGAUUGAUAAAUAUGAUGGACAAUUGAUGGAUGUGGAGGAGCUGAAUUUGAUGCGUGCCGAACCUGUCUGGCAGGGAUUUGUUACUCAGACAAAUGAACUCAUUAUGCUUGGGGAUGGAAAGGUUAUAAAUGAACAUGGAAGACCGCGGCCAGAUGAUUUCUAUAUGGAUGACGAACAACAUGGUUCAGUUAGAUCUAUUGGCGUUGGAAUCAACAGUGAUGCUGCUGAUAUAGGCAGUGAAGUGCGGGAAAGUUUGGUCGGAGGCAGCAGUGAGGGGGACAUAGAGUACUUUCACGAUCAUGAUGUUAGUAUCUGUGGGUCUAGACAUUCACUGCAUGAUUUAGAUAAGAAUGCUGGUGAACAGUCCAAGAAAGACAAAAAUAGAACAAAGAGACAUAGUUCUGAUAAAUCUGUAAUGACUAAUGAUAAGGGUGGGUAUACACUUGCAAAGAAUCAAAGUGAUGGAGGAUUUUCAUUCCCUCCUCCUAGAGAUGGACAAUUGCUGCACGCAAGUACAGGUAAAUCUUUGUGGUCAAACCGGGGGGACGCCGUUGUCAAUGAUGAUGCUCACGACUGUUGUGUGGCUAAUGAAGAAAUGCUAGUGCCAUGGAGGCGCACAAGCAAAGACGCUUCAUCAAUAAAGAGUUCGCGGGAUGAAAACAACACUAGCGCUGUGGAAUCAGCAAAUUCUAGUCCCUCAUCUCUUUCAAAUUAUGGCUACAUUGAUAGCGAAUAUGUAAACAAAAAAGAGGAUGUAAAAACAACAGGAAUAAGAGAAGAGGACCCUGGGGCAUCAUUGGAAGACGAGGAAGCGGUUGCUGUGCAAGAGCAAGUGAGGCAAAUAAAAGCACAAGAGGAGGAAUUUGAAACCUUCGAUUUGAAGAUUAUCCACAGGAAAAACAGGACUGGCUUUGAAGAGGACAAAAAUUUCCAUGUUGUGUUGAACUCAGUUAUUGCUGGCCGCUAUCAUGUUACUGAGUAUCUUGGAUCAGCUGCAUUCAGCAAAGCUAUUCAGGCACAUGACCUGCACACCGGCAUGGAUGUUUGCGUGAAGAUUAUAAAGAACAACAAGGACUUUUUUGAUCAGAGCCUUGAUGAAAUAAAACUGCUCAAGUAUGUGAACAAGCAUGAUCCUGCUGACAAGUAUCAUAUUCUCCGGUUGUAUGAUUACUUCUAUUAUCGAGAGCAUCUACUGAUUGUAUGUGAAUUGCUUAAAGCAAACCUGUAUGAGUUCCAUAAAUUUAACAGGGAAUCUGGAGGAGAAGUCUACUUUACAAUGCCAAGACUGCAGUCGAUUACAAUUCAGUGCUUGGAAGCACUUCAAUUCUUACACAGUCUUGGCCUGAUACAUUGUGACCUGAAGCCUGAGAAUAUAUUAGUGAAAAGUUACAGUAGAUGUGAGGUGAAGGUUAUUGAUCUGGGAAGCAGUUGUUUUGAAACCGAUCAUCUUUGUUCAUAUGUUCAGUCUAGGUCAUACCGGGCACCAGAGGUUAUUCUAGGAUUGCCAUAUGACAAAAAGAUUGAUAUAUGGUCCCUUGGCUGCAUCUUGGCAGAACUUUGUACAGGCAAUGUUCUCUUUCAAAAUGAUUCUCCUGCUACUUUACUUGCUCGAGUAAUUGGAAUCAUAGGCCCUAUUGAGCAAGAGAUGCUUGCCAAAGGACGAGAUACAUACAAAUAUUUCACGAAAAAUCACAUGCUUUAUGAAAGGAACCAGGACACUAACAGACUGGAAUACUUGAUACCCAAAAAGUCAUCCUUAAGACAUCGGUUGCCAAUGGGAGACCAAGGCUUCAUCGACUUUGUUGCUCAUCUGCUUGAAGUAAACCCAAAGAAGAGGCCUUCGGCAUCAGAGGCUCUUAAACAUCCUUGGUUACAAUAUCCGUAUGAACCAAUAUCAUCCUGAAGAAUGCAAUGUUCCUGUAUGAAUGAUCCAUUCUGAAGGUUCCUUGUUUGGCAGACACAACUGAUGCAUAACAUGGACGGAGGACAAGUGCACCUAUACUGGCAUACCCAUUGAUUUGCAAACUGAUCUUCAAAAGGGUCGUGACUUCGAAGUGCCUGCACAAUGAAGGUGUGGUUUGGUUCGUUUUAACAAAAGAUGGUCGAAUCUUCCUUACCCACUGCCAACUUGUACUCUGAUUUUACCACAACCGAAAAUGUAAUCUUGCACGUAAUAUGUAUCAGUAGGAUCUUAUGUUCUUUCUUACAUUUUGUUCUGGUGGGAAGGAAGUCUCCACUCUUGUUGUACAUGAUGUGUGAUAAUUCAAUAGGUUAUUUAGUUAUGAUAGCUUGUGAAAAUAGUUGCUUUUCCAAUUUUGAUUGGCUUUUGGGAAACCCUCAUAUGAAUUGUAUUGGUAUUUAAGGUAGAAAAUGUUUGCUGAA